AUGUACACGACCCUGUCGCCCUGCGACAUGUGCACGGGGGCCUGCAUCCUCUACAAGGUCGCGCGGGUCGUCGUGGGCGAGAACAAGACCUUCGUCGGCGGCGAGGACUACCUCAAGGCGCGGGGCGUCGAGGUCGUCGUGCUCGAGAACCGCGAGUGCAUGGAGCUGAUGAGGAGGUUUAUCGAGGAGAAGCCGAAUGUCUGGAACGAGGAUAUUGGGGAGCAAUAA